AUGGGGUUUUCUGAAUUGGGAUCUGCAGAGGCCCGAAGUUUCAAGAUGUGGAUCAGCUUGUUGCUUUUUACUUUUUACUUAUGUAGUGUCCAGGGGACUAAUACAGACACUCAGCUGAGCGAUACCUCCUUUUUGGAGCCAUAUGAUUUGUUGUUCGACAAUGCAGUUGAAGCUUAUUAUAAGCAAGACUGGAUGUCGGUCAUCCUUAAUAUGGAACUAGCACUGCGAAAUAAGCGUUCAGUUCAUAAAGUUAGAACGGAAUGUCGACUGAACUGUGCCAACCAGACCACUUUUGGAGAACAAAUACCUGGCUUGGGUAUACCUAUUCCAGGCGUUGGCUCCAUUGAAGAUUUAGGAUUUUUUCAGAGAAUCCUGAAAAGAGCUGCAUGUGUGAGUUCAUGCGAAAGCGAGAAGCUGGGGCCACCUACACUUUACAAAAUAAGUGAGGAAAUGGACCUUGAGUUUAAGAAAAGGACUCCGUACAAUUAUUUGCAAGUCGCAUACUUCAAAAUUAACAAACUUGACAAGGCUGUAGCAGCAGCAAAUACCUUUUACAUUGCCAACCCAGACCAUGUGGAGAUGAGGCAGAACCUUGAGUACUACAAGAUGAUGGCUGGUGUGCAAGAGACAGACUUCAAAGACCUAGAGGCCAAACCUCAUAUGGCUGAGUUCCUAGAGGGAAAGAGGUUGUACAGCUCUGAUGAGUUUGGCCCUGCCAUCGAUCAUUUUGAGCUGGCUGUGAAUGAGUACUUCGCUGCUGACCAGGAGUGUCGUGUCCUCUGUGAGGGUGCCUAUGACUACGAUGGCUACAACUACAUGGAAUACACUGCAGAUUUAUUCCAGGCUAUUACAGAUCACUACUUGUAUGUGCUCAACUGCAAGCAGAACUGUGCUGUAGAGCUGGCAUCCACUGCUGGAAGAGACAAGCCUUUUGAGGACUUCCUACCAUCGCAUUUCAACUACCUUCAGUUUUCGUACUACAACACUGAACAAUAUGAGAAAGCUAUCGAGUGUGCCAAAACCUAUCUGUUGUUCCACCCCGAGGAUGAGACUAUGAAUCAGAACUUAGCGUACUACUCUGUUGUGCUUGGAGAGGAUAAAGCUGCUGACAUCUCCGCUAGAGAGGUUGUUAGGCAGCACAUCAAGAAGUCCUUGCUUGAGAAAGAGCUGCUUUACUUUGGUUAUGAAAUAUUUGGAAUAACCUUUGUUGAUCCAGACUCAUGGACCCCUGCAGAUGUCAUGCCCCUUAAACUGAGGGAGAAACAGAAGGCAGAGCGAGAGACAGCUGCACGGAUCACAGAGGAGAUUGGCAAUUUGAUGAAGGAGAUUGAGACCCUAGUGGAGGAGAAGCAUAAAGAGUCAUCAGAUUUGGCCAAGAUGGUGAAACAUUCUCCCACUAAUGGCAGUCUCCUCAUAGAUGACGUCAAAGUGACCAUGACCUCCAAGGAGCUGAAUGGCACACAGAGAGUGUUGAUGGAUGGUGUGAUCUCAGAUGAUGAAUGUCGAGAACUUCACCGUUUGUCUAAUGCGGCAGCGCAGAAGGGGGAUGGAUACAGGGGCAGGCCCUCACCUCACUCCUCCAGCGAGAUGUUCCAGGGGGUCACUGUUCUCAAGGCUCUAAAGCUGGGGCAAGAGGGUGUCGUUCCUCUAAAGAGUGCUCAUCUAUUUUUCAAUGUCAGUGAAAAAAUCCGGAAAGUGAUUGAGUCUUAUUUCCAACUGGAGUCUCCUCUGUACUUCUCCUACACACAUCUGGUCUGUCGCGCUGCUAUCGAAGAUAAACAGGAGGACCGUGAGGAUCUCAGCCACCCUGUGCAUGCUGACAACUGUUUACUGAUCUCAGAGCUCAAUGAGUGUAUCAAAGAGCCUCCAGCCUAUACACACAGAGACUACAGUGCCAUUUUGUACCUCAAUGAUGAUUUUGAAGGUGGCGAUUUCAUUUUCACUGAACUGGAUGCCAAAACUGUCACAGCUGUGGUGAAACCCCAGUGUGGACGGGUCGUGGGUUUCGGGGCUGGGAAGGAGAACCCACAUGGGGUCAGAGCUGUCACUAAGGGUCAGAGGUGUGCCGUUGCCCUGUGGUUCACUUUAGACCCUCGUCACCAUGAGAAGGAACGAGUUCAAGCAGAAGACCUCCUGAAAAUGCUCUCAACACCCGUGGAUAGUGAGUUCCAGACAACCGUGGAAGACAGCGGCACUGGAGGGCCAGAGGGAACAACGUCCACCACGGAGGCUGAACGGGAUCAGGUGCUAAUACCAACAGAUGGACCCGUAGAGUCACAAAAAGAUAAACGAGUGGAAGAACGAACGGACGAGCCUGUGACUGAACAACCUGUCAAAUCCACCGAUCAGCAGCCUGCCAAAGCAGGUGACAAGAAGAGUGGAAAAUCAAAGGACGAUAACAAAACAAAGGUCAAAGACAAGGCCAAAGCAGGAAGCAAAACACAAACCAAAACGGGGACCCAAACUAAGGCCAAACAGUCUGAAAAAACGAAAGCAAAACAGGCAGACAAAACUAAAGUCAAGCAAGCAGACAAAAAAGAGAAACCAGCCGUCAAAAAAACAGUGAAAACGGCCGCGAAAAAAGCAACAGGAAACGAGAGUAGCGGGAGCUCGGGUUCAAAGCAGCCUAAGGUGAAGAGUUCAAAAGCUCAGGAUUCCCAAACAGUGUCCAGCUCAACAGUAGACACACAAAAAGACAAGGAUGAAUUGUGA